AUGACAUCUCCAGAAAAAUCGAUAAAAUUGGAGCCGGAUGACGAGGCGGAUAAUGGGGAUUACGGUACAAAUGGAGAAGGACCAUCGGCAGAGAUGCAUUUAGGCCUAAAUUCGGAUCUUCAAAAUUUGUUAAAUCCCGAAAGAAAGGGGGGACCCGCUUGGUUUCCAUCGUCCAAAGGGCGGUCCAUUGUGUGGGAACACAUCACUUGGGUCACUGAGACGCAGAGAGCCGCCUGUAAUUACUGUAGCGCUGAAUUUCAGAUAAAGGGCGGUACCUCAGCACUUUUACGUCAUCUGAAAACCAAUCACCCCGCCGCCAUCAAUUUCGACCCCGAAAAUCCGCCGCCAAUCGUUCGAAGAAAGAAGAAGAAGACGAUGGAAGCUCCCCGACCCGAACCUUCUGGAUCACCACAAUUAGACCACGCCCACAAUCAUCCGCAAAAUCGUGCCGAAUCGGAAAUCGACGAGGUGAUCAGAAAUCUUCAAAAAGAAACCGCCCAAAAUGGUCUUCCGGAGCCUGAGCAACCAGAUAAGGACCUGCGCAAACUGCUAGGAAUGUAUAACGGCCCACCAGAGCAGGUUACUGUAGGCAAUCCGAGAAUUGGAACUCCCGAAAAAGGGGCGGAGCCUAGUUUGGAAGGAGAGAAAUCCACGUCGCCGCAAAUUCCCAAAAAGCGGAAAUUGGAUGAGACGAGGAGACCCAUGGAAGGAUUGAAUAAUGGGAAAUUCCCAACGUCGAUCCUAACGGCCAUCCGUCGUCCACCAACUAUUGCUCAGAGUUCAACGCCGUUUCCUACAGUACCCCAACCACCGCCACCCCCGCACAUUGCUCAGCUAAAUCCGAUUCCAGCAUUUCCAGCGAAAUAUAACGCGCAGGCGGUUCAAAUUUUGGAUUUCGAGGCGAAAGUACUGUACAAUCAGAGUCUACACGCCACGAUUGCAAGAGAGGACUCCAUGACGACGUACUACCGUAUGAAGGCUCGAAAAAUGGAACUGGAGAUCAAAAAACUGGAACGAGAGCUCGGCGAAGAGCAGGAAGAAUAA